UAUAAGCAAUCAUAUUAAAUCGAUAUCAAAGUCAAUAACCCAAAAUCCUGGUGGUAGGACCUCUUGUGACUCCGCGCGGGUAGGCACCAUCGCCCUGCCUAUUUCUGCCGUGAAGCAACAAUGCGUUUCGGUUUGAAGGGUGGGGCAGCCGUUGUAACUAUACUGAGAUCUUAGAACUUAUAUCUCAAGGUGGGUGGCGCAUUUACGUUAUAGAUGUCCAUGGGCUCCAGUAACCACUUAGCACCAGGUGGGCUGUGAGAUCGUCCACCAUUCAAAGCAUUAAAAAAAAACCGGUUGAACUGACGUGACAAUGACAUUUGGUGCGCUAAGCAUGACGGAUUUUCGGCCUCAUUAGACAUUUACGUAUAUUCAUGUUUCAUUUUAUGUACGCACUGAAAUACUGUUAUAUUGUUUUCCUGCGAGUUACAGUGCUGACUCGUGCUGAGUAAGAACGAGAUAGAUAUAUGUUUAUGUGUGUGCCUUCAAAAUGGGUGUUAUUUGUAUAAGCAAUUGUACGUAUAGAAAAAUAUGUCGUGUCCCUACUAUAUAGGUCAAUGAAACGCACUGAAGUAUACUUUAAAGGUUUAUGUAUAAACAAUGUUCUACAGCUUGUCCUGUAGCCAUGUAUGCAAGCCUCAUUAACACACUACACCAUCAGUGGUCACUGUUGCAAAUAAAUUUGCAAAAAGUCUUCAACAGGAUUUUUUUUUUAUCAAAUUACUUUACUUCUUAUUUAGUAAAUGUGAAAAAGUUAUGACUUUCCUCUUCGCUUAAAGCAGUUUCAUACAACAGAUAUGGUUUUAGUUUUAAAACAAAACAGCCUGUAUGACCUUUGUUCCUUUGGUCAGGGUAUUUGCGUGUUUGAAAAAAAUUUGUUGAAGUAAUGUCAAAUUCUGUAUCUUAUCUGUGGCUAGUACUAAUCAUACUAAACGUAUCGUUACUGUAAUUUAGGAUAAUAAUGGGUAAAAUAUCUUUUAAACUGAACAAGGCUUUGUGAAAUCAAGUAAUUUAUAUUUAAUGAAAAUUUAAUAAUUGGGGUCUAGUAGCUACUAUCAUUGUUUUAUAAACGAAAACACUGGCAAGAUGAAUGUCCUACCAGCACAACCUACAGGCAUUCAGAGUACAGCGGGAGCAAUUCCGAUAAGAAAUGAAAAAGGUGAGAUCUCGAUGCAAAAGGUGAAAGUUCAGCGAUACAUAUCUGGAAAAAAGCCUGACUAUGCACAAGGAAUGUCAUCAUCUGAGGAAUCAGAUGAAGAAGAUUUUAUAGAGCAACAAAGACCUGAACGGAAACAAGUUUUACCUCAAAUAAUCACCCGCAAAGAAGAACAUCAUAGCGAUUCUGAGAAAGAGGUUGAUGAUCCUCGAUUACGACGUCUCCGUAAUAUUGCACAAUCACCGCCGCGUAGAGCCGAACACAAGCCUGAAAUUAUUGAUGCAGAACCUGAAGCAGAAUCUGAGAUCAGUGAUCAUGACGUGAGGGAUAGUUCCGAGAGUGAAGAUGAACUGGAUGAGGAAGAGAUUGAAAGACGCAGACAGGCUCUAAGAGCAAAACUUGCAGCCAGGGAAGCUGAAAAAGAAGUACUCGGUAGAGAUGAAGAUGAAGAAAUGUUGGAAGGUGACAAAGAGGAAAGCGGCUCAUCAGACACAGAGUACACAGACAGUGAAGAAGAUACUGGGCCAAGGGUGAAACCAGUAUUUGUAAGAGCAUCGGAGCGUAUGACAGUGGCAGAGAGAGAACGUAAAAUGAAACAGCAGAAAAGAGAAGAGGCUGAAGCUCGGAAAGAAAAAGAAGAAAGGCGACGGGAAGCCCUUAAAUUAGUAGAGGAAACGAUUCGGUCUGAACAGCGGGGUGCUCAGGGAGAACAAAAAGAAGGGAAUAUAAAUGAUGUAUGUACAGAUGAUGAAAAUGACGAACUGGAAUAUGAAGCUUGGAAGUUGCGUGAAAUGAAACGUAUCAAACGAGAUAAAGAAGAAAGGGAAGCAGCCGAAAAAGAGAUGUUAACUCUGGAACGAUUACGCAACAUGACCGAAGAUGAGCGACGCCUCGAACAACGUAUCAAUCCAAAGGUUGUCACAAAUAAAGCAGUCAAAGGAAAAUACAAGUUUCUGCAGAAAUAUUAUCACAGAGGUGCCUUUUAUUUGGAUAAAGAAGAAGAUGUUUUCAAACAGGACUUCUCGGGUCCUACGCUGGAUGAUCAUUUUGACAAGACAGUUUUACCAAAGGUUAUGCAAGUCAAGAAGUUUGGACGUUCCGGUCGUACGAAGUACACACAUUUGGUCGAUCAAGACACUACGGAGUUCGAUUCCGCUUGGAGCAAUGAAACCUCAGCAGCCAGACUGACUAACUUCCGCGGGGGAAUGAAACAAGUAUUCGAGAAACCUUCGGCGAAGAGGAAGCACAAUGUUUGACACCUGUCAAACUUGUUAAGGGGACGUUGACCUUGUCAUCAGUAAGGCGUUUUAAUACGGUAGCUCUGGAUGCCAAUCAAUGUUGAUCAGGGAAGGCGUGAACUGUUUAGGCUGUCAUCGUUAUUAAUCACGUGGUUUCUGUGGUGUACCCGUUUAGUAAAGACGUUUUUUUGAUACGACCAAAAUCGCAACCAAAAUAGGUGACCGACUCGUGACGUCACUAAGAAAAGUAUCAGAGUCUCACUUAUAACUGAAUCUUGUUUUCAUAGACAUUCAAACUGAUUAAGCUAUUGUUGAAGAAAUUGGACCAACUUGAACCAAUUGUUACGUGUUAUUUAAAUUUAAAACGAGAUGGUAAUGGCGCGUCGCAUUUGGAUGAUUCUCUGAAGUUUGCACAAGUGACUAUGCAAAAUAUUGCUUACGUUAUUGAUUCAGUGUUGUGACGUCACAAAUGUCAUGUAUCAAGAUAGCGUGAAUGUUCAAAAACAAUGAAUUAAUUCCGAUUUUCCUGUGAAAAAUUUGGUCCCUUUUAGAUUAAUUUCUAUUUUUUUACUUGACUUUCAUGAACACAUCCAUACCGUGAUAGCGUAUUACUUUUAUUAUUCGUCGAAUGACUUGAAAAAAUUAUAAAUAUGCCAAUAAAACUGUUUGAUCCCAAAAAAAA